AUGUCCAUAUUUCAUUUGAUAUUCUUUAUCUGGAUCCUUUUGAUAGUGAAGUGUUUUGUGGCUCUUGGCUCUGCAUCAUGGUGCCAACACCAGUUUCUUGCCCAAACCAAUAGACAAUUUGAGCAGAAGACAGAUAGGUUUUGGGAGUUCAAAGAGCAAACCAACAGCUGGGUUGAAGUUCAAUUGCCCUAUGAUCUGGUGUCUUGUCUUAAUGAUAACUGCACUAUAGUUGGUUCAAUUGAGGGAACAAAUAACAAAGAAGAGCACAUAGAAAACCAAUCGGAUGAUGUUCCGGAAAAGAGGGAGAGGGUAAAAAAGAAUGAUGGUUAUGGAGGAUUGGAGAAGGAGAAUAAUUCUGAUGUGUGGGUGACGGCACCCCAUGAUUUGCCAAUAUCAGGAGCUCAUGCAAUCUCUGUUUUUAUUGUCAAUCAUACAGUUCUUGCUCUCUCUGAAUCAGGAAAUCUAUAUCAGAUGAAAAUCAGUGAGAGCUCACAGCCUAUUUGGGUAGACUUUACACCUACACUCAGUCAAAGCACAGAUGAAGAAGGAGAACAAAGUUCUGUGAUCUUAAUUAAGUCUGGUCUUGUUUCAUAUGAUGGAGAGAGAGUCUAUUUCUGCACGAAAAAAGGGACUCUGUUAGAACUUAGAGAAAUUGAGCCUCCAAGAUGGGUAGAUCAUGGACAACCUCCUGGUGCAAAUGCUGCAGCAAUAGCUGAUGCUGCUGGUAUUAGAACAGAUGUAAUUUAUACCAUAAGUUCUGCAGGUGAUCUUUAUGAAUAUGAUAGGAGCUCAAAACCGUCAUGGAAGAAGCAUAUAUGGAGAGAAGGAACAGCUUACGAAGCUUCUCUAAUACCAUUGACGGGGAGUACUUUACAUGGCGCGAGUGGAGAUCAUUCUAUUUCCCUGUUUCUUCUAACAAAGGAUGGUAAACUGGUAGAGAGACGACUGCACCAAAGGAAAUGGAAAUGGGUAGUUUAUGGAAGUCCCAAGGAUCAGCGCCUGACAUCUAUCACACCAGUGCUGCUGCAAGAUGACACAAACGGAAGAUUAUUCUCGUUGUUUUUCACCACAUCCACUGGAUCAGUUUUCGAAUAUCAAAUACCAAGACAAUCAGGUAUUGCUCAAGAGAACCAAAUUCCAGAAGCAUGGGUAAGCCAUAUACAUCCCCUACAUGCAAAAGUUGCCAGAGGUAUUAGUGGACUACAAAUUCACGUUGGUAGGAUUCUGUUUCCACUGGAUGAUGGAAGACUGGCGGAACUUCAUCUAUCAGGCUUAGGUGGUGAAAACUCUGGUCCAUCUCAUCAAGUAAUGUUCCGAAAGAAAGCGGCAGUCAAAUAUUUGUGGUCAAUAUUAGAUGCCCCAGAAUCGGAAGGCUGGAAUGCAGAAUACUGCGUAGAACAGCGUGGACCCACAAAUUGCAUCACAGGCGUAAAAGAUGAACCAAAUGAUUUAGGAAUUGCAAGAACAAUGACACGAAGGCGAAAAGGAAGCCAGGCACAGCAGCAUUACUUAACUCCAGGAACAUCAGGUAGUGCCCCAACAAAACCUCUGGAAGAAUACAGUUUUCCUGACAACUGGAUUAACACAAAUUUCCAUUUGAGAGCGAUGCAUGGAGGCAGAUCAUUUUUCCUCAUAACAGAUGGUGGUUUUACUUUUGAAUAUCUUUAUACUGAAAAUGUAUGGAUGUGGCUGAGGCAUGAGCACUCAACAGCUAUUAAGGGUGCACUAGGAAACUACAAUGGAAGCUUGUAUGUCGUUGACGCAUAUGGCAGUGUGCUUCUAAGGGAAAGGAACAGCAAUGAUCUAGCAUGGAUAAAUUGCACUGCCUUGAGGAAAGGAAGGCAAGUUGUUGGAGGUCCUCCAUGGGAUGGAAUUCCUGGCAGAACUAUGAGAGUGACAGCAGAAGACGCCCUCUUCUUUGUGAGCAGAAAUGGCAGAUUACUACAGUUCACGACUGACAACUUAUAUUCUUCCAUAGGUUGCCCUGAGGAAGUUCAAUGGAAAGAUUGCCGAAACCCUCCAAAUACCAAGAUUGCCUCUAUAGUAGAUCAGGAACUGCUGAGGGAAAACAUAGUGUUUGUUGUUGGAAGGAAUGGUCGGCUAUAUCAGUAUAAUAAAGUGACUGAACUGUGGCAUGAGCACUACCAAUCUCAGCAUUUGAUUCUAUCAAGACUGCCUGGAACUGCUAUGAGGCCAUCAUUGCUUUCACUAACAGGUUCACUUUUCAUGCUUUCAGUAGAUGGAGGACUAGUUGAAUACCACUGGAACACAUUCGAUGGAUGGAAUUGGGUAGAACAUGGAAGUCCACAUAAAGUUGUGACAUUGGUUGGUUCACCCGGUCCAUCCUUCGAAGGUAAUCAACUGUUUCUUAUUGGCUCCAAUGGAAAUGUUUAUCUGAGGUAUAUGGAUGAAAUGACAUGGAGGUGGAAGAACUGCGGUUUCCCUUUUUCGAGAAAUGCGAAUGUUGAAGGUCGAAGAGGUGAGGAAGGAAAUGACAAGGAACAAUUCUGUACCGACGUAGACUUUGCAGCUAGUUCAAAGAAGGAUUAUGAAAGAGUUAAUGAACUAAGCAGUGACUGUAAUCAAGAGGUGGCACCAAUACGACCAAUUCCCUUGGCUGAAGAUUCAAUAAUCUUUGAGCUAAGAGAUGGCAGAUUGGCAGAAAUGCGACGAAUAGAAGGCACGCAUUGGAUGUGGUCACGUAUAAUAGGCACACCUACAAGCUUAUGCACAGCAAGUUACUGGACUGCCUUGGCAUCAUGA